AUGGCUGUGAUCGCUUCUGAGCGUGGCCGGGCACUGCCCACAGCCCCAGAGCAAGAGUUCAGUACCGAGGGGCUACCCCGGGCCUUCCUGCAGAGCCUGCGUACUCUCUUCGACAUUCUGGAUGAUCGACGGCGGGGCUAUGUCCACCUCCUGGAGAUUGAGUCCCGGUGGCAAGGCGCGGACACAAGAGAGCUUCCAAGGGGUGUACUGGAAGGUCUGAGGAAGGUUGCCCCAGCCAGCGGGUACCUGACCUUCGAGAGGUUUGUAGUAGGACUGAGGACUUCGUUGCUGAGUGCUGAGAAUGGGGCCCCUCAUGCCAGAGCCCCGCAGGGGUCACGGGGCCAGGCGUCCCAAGCCAAGCUACUUCCCACGGGUCCCGGGAUUUGCAAGGCUAGUUCGGGCCAGGGCCGGGGCAAACUGGCCCAUGAGAAGCACCACCAGCGGCUCGUCUUCGCACCCGCAGACGAGCCCCGGACGCUGCUGGAGAAGAAACCUUUGUCCUUGGGAGUUCGUUAUCCCCACGCGGGAUCGAGCUGUUCCUCCCGGAGCCUGGAGAAGCUCUCCAGCCCUCAGGAAGCUGGGUGUUACCCUGGGGAUUUGGAGCGGCCCAAGAGCCAGGUUCCUCAGAGCCCUGGAGGACUGAUCCUGGAGCGCAGUCUGAGUGGAGAUACAGGCACUGAGGUCUGGACUGUAGGACGAUGCCAUAGUGAAAACUGUACAGCAAGCGGGUCUGGGAGGCAUCCAAGGGGUCGGGGAGAGCAGCGGCGGCAUACUAUCACCAAUGGAGUGGACUAUGACAUGCUGAAGCAGAUGAAGGAGCUGGAACAGGAGAAGGAUGCCCUUCUGCAGGGGCUGGAGAUGAUGGACCGGGGAAGGGACUGGUACCACCAACAGCUCCAGUGGGUCCAGGAACGACAGCGCCACCUGACUAAGAACAAGAAGAGUACAGAUUUUGGGGCCGAGGGGAGCCCCAGCCCACUGGGUCAGCUCUUGCCCAAACUGCAGGAAGUCAUUCGGUGCCUAGGGGAGCUCUUAGCUGCUGCCUGUGCUGGAAGGGUCCAGGCUAUCCCCAGUCCUGUCUCUGCCACUCCCACCAUAUCCCCUCUCUCUGGGAGACAUCAACAGACCAUACUCAUGCUGAAGGAACAAAAUCGUCUCCUAACAAAGGAGGUAACAGAUAAGAGUGAGCGGAUCACACAACUAGAGCAAGAGAAGUCGGCCCUCAUCAAGCAGCUGUUUGAGGCUCGAGCUCGAAGUCAUCAGGAAACCAGCCAGCUGGACUCCACCUUCAUUUAACCCCGAUGACAAGAAUGCAAACGCCAUGGACAGUCCUUGCCCCUGUGGUGGGCAUAGUCUUUUCAUAGCCCCUGCCCUAGCAUAGGCACACAUUCUGGGCAUCCUCUGCCUUGGUAUGGGCAGAGAUUCAUCAGACUGCCUCUGCCAUAGACAGAAAUUCCAGAGAGCCUCUGCCACUGGCUGGUGUCUGGCGGUAUUAAGGAUAUCGCUCUUCUCUGACCACUGAGCAUCUAGCCAUGACCAAGGCAGGAGAACUUCCCCAUCCAGGCUCUGGGGAGAAAUAAUUAUUAGGACAACUUUCAUAGCCAUCUCUGGCGGGAAGGAAGCUUCCCUCAGCCAGUCCCGGAGAGCCUAGCCUCAUGUCCCUCUCUCCACUAGCCCAUCCUCCU